GCUUUCACUGUGGACAUCCAAUGAACCGCCUGCCAACCCUCAGGGCGAGGCGUCAGCAAUUUGCUGCCCUCCGUUUCCUUGCAACAGCUGCAACAUCAAGACAUGCCGUCCCUCAAACGGUCAUCGAAAAGGUCGUACAAAAGUAUGCCGUCGAUCUUCCACCUGGCAGAGUUGUGCGUGCGGGGGACUAUGUCAUGAUUCGCCCGGAGCAUGUCAUGACACAUGACAAUACCGGACCUGUAAUAUCCAAAUUCAAAUCCGUGGGCGCAACCAAGAUCGCAAACCCCAGGCAGCUCGUUUUUACACUCGACCAUGAUGUUCAGAACAAGUCCGAAAAAAAUCUUGCAAAAUAUCUUAAAAUCGAACAGUUCGCGAGGGAGCACGACGUCGACUUUUAUCCCGCUGGUCGGGGUAUAGGACACCAAGUUCUCAUCGAAGAAGGCUACGCAUUUCCGUACACGUUGACUGUUGCCAGCGACAGUCACAGCAACAUGUAUGGUGGGGUUGGGUGCGUCGGUACCCCAAUCGUCCGUACAGACGCAGCUGCCCUCUGGGCAACCGGUAAAACCUGGUGGCAAGUACCACGCAUGAUCAAGGUGGAAUUCAAGGGAAAACUGUCACCCGGGGUGACUGGGAAGGAUGUCAUCGUCGCCCUUUGUGGUUCGUUUAAUAAGGACGAGGUGCUGAAUGCUGCCAUCGAGUUCACUGGUGAAGGUGUAGCUGGUCUCAGCACUCUGCUAGAUUGGUACGAGCGGACACUCAAGAAGCUCGAAUUCUGCACAUUUGCAUCGAAGUCUAUGCCACCACUUCCUGAACAUCCUCGUAUCAACAGACGACGCCUAGCUGCACUGCAAGCUGCGCCGUUAGCGUCCGACUUCGGUGCCGAAUAUGCUUCACAUCUCCGCUUCGAUCUUUCAACACUCGUCCCUCACGUCUCUGGCCCGAAUAGUGUCAAGGUGUCAACACCCCUCCCAAAACUUGAAGAAGCUCGCAUACCCAUUCAAAAGGCAUAUCUCGUCAGCUGUACCAAUUCCCGCGUAUCUGACAUUGCAGCGGCUGCUGCUGUGAUGAAGGGCAAUAAGGUUGCCCCUGGCGUCCAAUUCUAUAUCGCAGCUGCAAGUUCUGUAGUGCAGCAGGAGUCUGAGCACCUUGGUGACUGGGAUGCACUCAUAGCGGCUGGUGCAACGGUUCUACCUGCUGGGUGUGGCCCCUGCAUCGGUCUUGGCACAGGGUUACUCGAGGAAGGUGAGACGGGUAUCAGUGCUACCAACCGGAAUUACAAAGGUCGCAUGGGCCACCCAAAGGCACAGGCAUAUCUAGCUAGCCCUGCUGUAGUUGCUGCCAGUGCCAUCAACGGGUACAUUUGCGGUCCUGCUUCCCUCGAUACCAACCGCUUACCACCUACUGGUGCACCGUCGUUCCACAUCGCUGAGACAGGAUCGGGAGCGGCGGCGUCUGUCACCUCUGACACAGAGGAGCCGCUUCUUCCCGGCUUUCCGGAAUCGUUUUCAGGACGCCUCCUCUUCGUCCCCCAGGAUAACCUUAGUACAGAUGCAUUGUACCCCGGGAAGUAUACCUACCAAGACGAUAUUACACUCGAGCGCCAGGCGGAAGUGGUCAUGGAGAACUACGACACAUCCUUUGCUGGUCUCGUCUCAUCGCUCCUCAAAGAACAGCCAUUAUUCUCAGCAUCGGCAAACUCAAAGCAAGGCGUGGUUCUCGCACUCAAGGCCGCUGGCAUUCCUGUCGUCAUUGCAGGUUCGUUCGGCGAUAUUUUCAAGCGCAAUGCGAUCAACAACGGGCUCAUUUGCCUGGAGAGCCCCGAGCUUGUGAGUGAUUUGACUGAGAUGUACGCGAUGGACGGUAGGCGUGGUGCGGGAGGAAAGGAUGGUGAGCUGACAGUUAACCGGGGCCACGCGAUGCGGAUAAAUAUGCGUGAUGGAAAUGUUUUCGUGAGCGGUCCUCAGGGGGAAAGGCGGUACAAGGUACGCCCUGUGGGAGCGAGCGUGCAGGAACUUUGGAUCUGUGGAGGCUUGGAAGGUUACAUACUCAAAUCUAUUCAGACGCAAUCGUAAAG